UAGGUAUCCAACAGACCCUCAGGCAAUAACAAAUAUGAAGACUAAGUUCUACAGAAUCGCUAAUUUUCCGAAUGUGAUAGGGUGCAUUGAUGGAGUUCUGAUUGGCAUACAGACACCAUACCAAGAUGAGGCGUCCUACGUCAGCAGAAAGGGUUUCCAUGCCCUAAAUGUCCAAGCUAUAGCGGAUGCAGAGAUGAAAUUCAUAAAUGUUGUUAUCAGGUGGCCAGGAUCGACCCACGACUCGUUCAUUCUAACAAACUCUAACAUCUCAAAUGAGUUAGAACAAAGAAACAAUGGCUGGCUGCUUGGUGACAGUGGUUAUGCAUUAAAGAACUGGCUGAUGACACCCUUUAUGCACCCAGUCAAUGUCCAACAACAGAGGUACAACUCGGCACAUGCCAGAACAAGAAAUAUUGUUGAACGGUCAUUUGGUGUGCUUAAAUCCAGAUUUCGAUGUUUGGACAGAUCAGGUGGCCAUCUAUCAUACCAGCCAAAGAAAGCUGUACAUAUUAUUGGGGCUUGCUUCAGCUUACAUAAUUUUGCCACUGAAAAGAAAAUGCCAGUUCCAAAUCAUGAUGAUGAUGAUAACCAUGAUGAUGAGAACAAUGUUGCAAUGCAGCAGCCUGCAGGAAGAGCCCAGGAAAUCAGGAACCACAUUGCCAGCAGAUUUUGAAUAAUGUUUCUAUAUACAUGUAAUCUAGCAGAGACAUACUGUUUUUAGCUCGACUGUACAAGGAGAGCUAUCCUACUCGACCCGGCGUUGGCGUCUUUCCAUGUCCCCGCCUUGGUUAAAGUUGUUUUUACACUUUCGCUUUUUAGCUCACCUGAGCAUAAAGUGCUCAAGGUGAGCUUUUGUGAUCGCCUUGUGUCCGCCCGUCGUCAACAGUUUGACUGUUAACACUCUAGAGGUCACAAUUUUGGCCUAAUCUUAAUGAAACUUGGUCAGAAUGUUACCCUCUUAAAAAUCAUGGACGAGUUUGAUAUUGGGUCAUCUAUCUCUGUUACUAUCAAAGCUAUUGACUUAAAACAAUCCCCAUAACACU